GCGCGGAGCCGCAGCCGAGUCCCGUGGUUCGGGAACUUGUAGCCCUGCUCUCUGCGCGUCCCCUUCCCCCCGUGGCCCCGGCCCCGGCCAUGAAGCGCUUCUUCUCCUGCUCCAGCUCACAGGUGGCGGUGGAGAGAUGGAACCGCCGUGAUCAGAAGCUGCUGGAGGCGGUGCAGCGGGGGGAUGUGGGACGUGUGGCUGCCCUGGCCUCAAGGAAGUCUGCCCGACCCACCAAGCUGAACUCCAACGGCCAGUCUCCGUUCCAUCUGGCAGCCUCCAAAGGCCUGACAGAAUGUCUAACUAUACUGCUUGCAAACGGGGCUGACAUCAACAGCAAGAAUGAGGACGGAAGCACUGCCCUGCACCUGGCCACCAUCUCCUGCCAGCCACAAUGUGUCAAGGUCCUGCUGCAGCAUGGUGCCAAUGAAGAUGCUGUGGAUGCAGAAAACCGAAGUCCAUUGCACUGGGCAGCCUCCUCUGGCUGUGCGUCAAGUGUGCUCUUGCUGUGUGACCAUGAAGCCUUCCUGGACGUCCUGGAUAAUGAUGGACGGACACCCCUGAUGAUUGCAUCGCUGGGUGGUCACGCAGCUAUCUGCUCACAGCUACUGCAGAGAGGUGCCCGAGUUAAUGUCACAGACAAGGAUGACAAAUCGGCUCUGAUCCUGGCCUGUGAGAAAGGCAGCGCUGAGGUGGCCGAACUGCUCCUGAGCCAUGGAGCAGAUGCAGGGGCAAUGGACAGCAUGGGGCAUGGCGCUCUGCAUUACGCUCUCCGCACACAAGACAAAGUGCUGUGCCAGCUGCUGCAGCAGGCUCUGAACCGCCGGGGGCAGCGGGGAGGUCAGGGGCUUGUUCAACAUCCAGAUCUUGCAUCCCAGGCCUCUCCAUCUGAGCCUCAGGUGGGUUCUCCACCUAAGAGCCCAUGCAGAGCAGAGCCCGAGGAGGAGCAGGAGGAAGAGGAGGAGGAAGACCCAUGCUCAGAUGAGUGGAAGUGGAAGUAUGAAGAGGAGCAGAGGAAGGUUUCCCAGUUGGAGCAGGAGCUGGUGCAAAAGACUGAAGAGGCUAAGGUUCAAGCUGCAGCCUACCUGGGCCUGGAGAACCAUAUUCGAGAGCAGGUGCACGAGCUGGGGCUCCUCCUAUCCCAAGAGCCUGGAGCUCCAGGAGGGCAGAGCUCUAGUCUCCGGCCUGGAGGAGAUGGUAUGGAGCAUGGCUGUCCCUUGGGCCUGCUGGCUCAGCGCAUUCAAGAGCUAAGGAAGUGGCAGCAGGCAGCAGCUGUAGCCCCAGCCAACUUGGUGUCAGCUUCUAAGAAGGCUGAGGAUUCAACCACAGGGGAGAUUCAGUAUGAAGCCCACAGAAAGUUCCAACCAGAACAAGAGCCACCCCAGAGCCCAACUUGUGAGACCAUUGGGAAAGCCACAGGACAGCAGCUGACCACCAACGGUGGACAGGCCCUUGGCCCUGAUCAUACUGACAAGCCACGUGCCGGCCAGAAAGAGAGGCCCUGGGCCCCAGGGGCUGAACCGACAGGCACAGUGGCUGAACCCCUGGGCACAACAGCCAUGAAUCAGCUCCUACUACAACUGAGGGAAGAGCUGGCUGCGGUGUGGCGAGAAAAGGAUGCUGCGCGGGGGGCUCUGUCAAGACGGGUCCUGGAGGGAGCUCUGGGGACACCCCAGGCUGAGGCUGCAGCAGCUGCCUGGGAGAAGAUGGAGGCCAGGCUGGAGCAGGUGCUGGUGAGGCUGGAUCGGGCAAAGGCAGGAUUACAGGUGAAACCUCAGGCUGCUGCCCAGGAGGCCAGAGAGGGAGCCCCAAAGGCAGAGCCAGCGACCAUCACCAAAGAGAAUGAAGGCGGGCAGAAGAGGGCUCCUGGGGCCCCGGGGGAGCCUGGAGGGGAGCAGAUGCGAGGAGGAGGUCUGGCCAAGGGACAGCUGGAGAAGGAGGUAGCAGCACUGAGACUGUGCAAUACUAACUUGCUGGAGGAGCUGGGGGAGCUGGGGCAGGAGAGGCGGCGCUUGCAGGGGGAGCUGCAGUCCCUGAGCCAGCGGCUGCAGCGGGAUUUCGUUCCCAGGCCCGAGGCGCACGUCCAGCUCUUGCAGUUGCGGCGGAGUGUGGGGCUGCUGACAGACGAACUGGCCCUGGAGAAGGAGGCCACCGAGAAACUGCGGAAGCGCCUGGCUUCCCAGACCAGUGGCCUCCAGGGGCUGUGGGACUCCCUGCCGCCCGACCUGGUGGGGGAGGGCAGCGCGGGGCGCGGGGCGGCGGAGCCCCUGGAGGAGCUGCGGGCCUGCAUCAGCGCCCUGGUGCAGCGGCACCGCGAAGGCCAGAAGGCGCUGGCCCGCCUGGAGCACGAAAACCGGCAGCUGCGGGAGCCCCCCGGCCCGGGCCCCUCCUCCAAGGCCCCGGCGCCCCCCGAGGUGGCCGCUCUGGAGCAAGACCUGGGGAAGUUGGAGGAGGAGCUGCGGGCCGUCCAGGCCACGAUGAGCGGGAAGAGCCAGGAGAUCGGGAAGCUGAAGCAGCUGCUCUACCAAGCCACCGAGGAAGUGGCCGAGCUGAGGGCCCGGGAGGCCGCCAGCCUGAGGCAGCACGAGAAGACCCGGGGUUCGCUGGUGGCCCAGGCCCAGGCCUGGGGCCAGGAGCUGAAGGCUCUGCUGGAAAAGUAUAACGCGGCGUGCCGGGAGACGGGGGCGCUGCGCGAGGCCGUGGCCGAGGAGCGGCGCCGCAGCGGGGAGCUGGCGGCGCGGGCGGCCGAGCAGGAGCGCCGGGCCGGCGAGAUGCGCGGCCGCUCCCAGCAGUUUGAGGAAACGGCCGAGCGGUUCAGAGACAAAGUGGAGCAUCUCAGCGGCGCUUGCCGGGACAAGGAGGCCAAGAUCAAGGAGUUGUUGAAGAAGCUGGAGCAGCUUUCAGAGGAGGUCUUAGCAGUUCGGGAAGAAAAUGCUCACCUUGCUCUGCAGCUGCAGGAUUCCCAGAAGAACCACGAAGAGAUCAUCUCCACCUACAGGAACCAUCUGCUGAAUGCCGCUCAGGGCUACAUGGAACAAGACGUGUACAAUAUCUUGCUGCGAAUCCUCAGCAUCCAGGAAGAGUAAGGCAGCCGGUCCCCUGAGGGAUGUGCCAUUUGUCUGUGGAAGUAGGAGCAUCCCUGGUUGCCAGAGGCUCCACCAGGAUGUGGAGAAGGGCAGGGGGCAGGCGGUGAGGAUGGGUAGGUGGGGUUUCACCUGACAGUAUGGAGCCCAGACCUGAGAACCUGAAGCCUGGAAUCAUCACGGAUGAGACCAGAGAAGGUGCACAUGGAGGCCAGCUCUGUGAAAAUAAAGCAGGAGGCAGUGUGGUGUUGGG